UUGAUCCCUACCUUAGUCUUUCUCUUUUGUGCCUCGUAUCUUCGGUGUAGGAUAUACAAUUCAAGUGCUUGUUAGUUUCUAUUACUGUGUGUGUAAUGAGGAAAGGAACGAAGAGAAAAGGUGGUUCAAAAGCACUAGGCAAAGUUUCUGUUGCGGAGAUUCACAACGAUGUGGUGAUGGCUGAGUCUCACGCAAACGCGGAGGAGAAUGAGGAAGACGCCAUGGGAGUAAUAGACGAAGAACCUAAUUCCUUAACGCCGGUGGAUCAGGAAGAUGAGGCCAAAGAAAUUUCUCCAAGAGCUAAGAAAGCCCGACAUGAGCCUGAGUACUUGGAGGAGAAACGUAAUCUGCAAGAUUUGUGGAAGGCUGCGUUUCCUGUUGGAACUGAGUGGCAUAACAUAGAUGGAGUUUAUGACAUCGAUUGGGAUUUCAAACAUCUUGAAGAAGCAUUGGAGGAAGGAGGAAUGCUCUAUGGGAAGAAAGUCUAUGUUUUUGGCGUUGCAGAACCUCAGUCUAUCCACUACAAAGGUGCAGCGAAGUAUGCCCAUGUCCCAACAGUCGUUGCCGUCGAAUCACCCUUUCCACCUUCUGAUAAGAUAGGGGUAACGUCGGUUCAGAGUGCAGCGGAGAAAAUCAUUCCAAUGAAGCAGAUGAAAAUGGACUGGGUUCCUUACAUUCCUUUUGAGAAAAGAGGUAGCCAAGUUGAUAGGAUGAAUCCUCAAAUUUUUUGCCUGGUCUGUACGCAGAGGAGAUCUGCUCUCAAACAUUUGAAGGAAGAUCGUGUAAGGAAGUUCGACUACUGCCUUCCUUAUUUCUAUGAUCCAUUAAAGGAAGAUGAACUUGAACGGAGUACUGUGGUCGAUAUAUUGUUCCCCUCCGAACCGCCGGUUGUAUGUGAAUUUGACUGGAAGGAUGACAAACUUGAGGCAUUUGCUAAUGACCUGAUUGAAGGGGAAGAAAUUUCUGAGAAACAAAAGGAUGAAUUCAAAGAAUUUGUGAAAGAGCAUGUUCGAGCAGCAAAGAAAGCCAGGCAAGAGGCAAGAGCAGCUCGAUUGAAAAGAAUAGAAGAAAUGAGCCAAGAUGAUAGGGAAGCCUUUCAAAGCAUCAAGUUCUACAAAUUCUAUCCUCAGCCUUCACCAGACGUCUCAGGAUUCCUCAAGGGGCCAAGAAUAAACCGAUACUACGGGAAUGCACAUCGAGUCCUCUGAUAUGGAAAUCUUCAGAACUCAUAUUAGCUAGCUUUUGGGUUGGACGGAAUGUAAAAAGUACUUUUUAGUCAAAACGUUAGAAAGAUGUAAACACA